AAAAGGAAAAUGAGAGGUUUAGCAAGCAACAGGAAAACCGCUAAGAGAACACAUUCCAGAGCAGACUCAGUGCGGGACAAUAAGGGGUGGGACGAAAAAAUCUAUACUAUUUAAAAAAUCUCUAAUCUUGCCUUUAAUCUCCAGCAAAGACAGCGUUCUUACUUUUACAAGAAGUUCCUGUCACUCGUGAAGAAGUCGAGGCGGAAGCAGAGCGCUUCAGGAGCCGCGACCAUGUUCGUGUCGAGGGUUUAUCAGCGCAGAUUUGGACCGAGAUGAGAUAGGGUUCUUCAGCUCGCUGUUCCUUCGACCUGCCGGGACCCAGCCGGCCGCCUCUGCUCUUUUAUUCCACUCACGAGACAUAUUUACCGCGUCUGCUGCUGCUACGUGGACUUUGUUUUGAGUGGAAGGUGUUGAAAAGUGCGGAUGAACUUAAAGAAGGCGUCAGUGGAGGAUGUGAAGAAGCUCCGUGGAUCGAACAUGCAUUCAAACUAACUUUUGGAUAGAGGAACGCCUGAUGUGUCUCUGAUAUGAGGUGUUUACAUCUGUCAAGUUAAAAGGAAAACAGAGAUGGGGAGCUCUGCUCUGCUCACAUUGGCGCUAGCUGGACUUUUACUUUGGAUUUCUGACACACAUGCAGACAUCAACGAUGAUGCCGACGACAGGAAGCUGCUGUGCACCUGUGAGAACACUAAAGGCACGUGUCAGAAUGGAACUUGCAUCGGAGACUACUGCUUCUACACGUGGGUGCACGGCGAAGAGGAACGGGGGUGUUUCUCCAAGCGGCACUACAAAGAGCAGUGUUCGGGCUCCUUCAAGGGAUUUUUUGUCCGUUGCUGCAAGGAAAAUGAAUGCAAUGCCUUAAUGACACCGCCUCCAAAUAUAAAUGGGGAUCCAACAACAGUUCCACCUCCAGAGCCUCUCCACCCAGAGAUGUGGAUCAGCGUGUCCUCCCUGCUCCUGCUCACAACCUUAAGUGUUGUGGGCUUUGUUCUUUUCCUGCGCUUUCGACAUGCACCCUGCAGACAGAAAGACCUCGAAGACCAUGACACCACCCUGAUCAAAGUCCCCACUGGAGAGGACCCAUCAUAUGGAGAUAUUUUCAAAGAGUUUUGCACAUCAGGAAGUGGGACAGGACUUCCAUAUUUAGUCCAGAGGACAAUGGCUAGACAAAUCUCACUCGUUGAAUGUGUUGGAAAAGGCAGAUAUGGGGAGGUGUGGAGGGGAACGUGGAUGGGAGAAAGUGUAGCUGUCAAGAUUUUCUCCUCGAGGGACGAGCAGUCCUGGUUUAGGGAGACGGAGAUCUACAAUACUGUUCAGCUACGCCAUGAUAACAUUCUUGGUACUGCAAUUAAACCUCUGAGGAUCAUUUUACCAAAAAAACAUAUCCUCUUUGUACAGAAUCCCUUUAAACCAUCCCUUUUUUUCUGGUUUUUAGGUUUUAUAGCCUCAGACAUGACAUCCAAGAACUCCAGCACUCAGUUGUGGCUCGUUACCCACUUUCACGAGUUGGGUUCACUGUAUGAUUUCCUGCAAUACAGUAGCCUAGAGCCAGAGAGCUGCUUGAGGAUGUGUCUGUCCGUGGCCUGUGGCCUGGUCCACCUCCACACUGAGAUUGUCAGCUCCCAGGAAAAGCCAGCGAUCGCCCACCGAGACCUGAAAAGCAGAAACAUCCUUGUGAAGCGGAACGGACAGUGCUGCAUCGCUGAUCUAGGUUUGGCUGUGAUCCACACUCAGGCUCAUGAUUCUCUGGAUGUGGGCAACAACCCUCGUGUGGGGACCAAGCGCUACAUGGCCCCUGAGGUCCUGGAUGAGACCAUUCGUGUGGACGUCUUUGAGUCUUACAAACAGACUGACAUCUGGGCUCUGGGCCUGGUAUUCUGGGAAAUAUCCCGCAGAACUAUCGUCAAUGGGAUUGUGGAGGAGUACCGUCCUCCUUUCUUUGACAUGGUGCCGUCAGAUCCCAGCUUUGAGGAGAUGAAGAAGGUUGUGUGUGUGGAUCAGCAUCGGCCCAGUCUGCACAACCGGCUCAACUCCCACCCAAUCCUGUCAGCCCUUGUGAAGAUCAUGAAGGAGUGCUGGUACAAGAACCCGACAGCUCGCCUCACAGCCUUACGGGUAAAGAAGACUCUCUCCAAGUUGGACCUCGACAGCGACUUCAGUCUCAGCAAAGUCAAGCAGGACAUCUAAGAUGAACUCGUGCAAACACUCCAAACUUCGCCGACUUUUGCAUCAGUUUACAGCAGCGGCAGAAGAUUAACAUCCGCUGACACAAACAGUAUUACCUUCAAAUGAAAAAGUCUGAAGACCAAAUCUGAACUGCAACCACUAAUGCAUCAGCUGUCAUCUGCUGUUGCAACAGAAGCUGCAUAGCCAAAGUUUCUCCACAGCCUCGCUCAUUACCGUCCACCCCCAACCUCGAACAUGAUGACUAAAUGGAAAAUCUGUGAUUGCACACACUCCUACAAAGUGAAUCUCAUUUAUAAGGGAGCACUUUUGACCAAAACCACUGAGAACCACAUUGCACAUUAAUGUUUGGUUAACUCUCUUAAAAAAGAAAAAAAACAUGAAACUUGUAUAGAAUAUUAUGCUCACGAACAGCACGAUACAUAUUUAAGUUAAAUAAAACAAGCGUUCACCAGCCACCACAAAGACAGACUUAUCUGUCAAGUUGUAUAUAUUCUAUUGGCCUUAAGACUGUAUGGAUCAAAUGGUUAUUAGCUAUGUUUUAUAUUCUAAAAGAAGUAUUUUUUGUAAUAGUGAAUUAUAUUUUACAUACUUUUUGGCCUUUUUUUUUCUUUUUACAAUUUUAUAAACUUAAAAAGAACCAUAACAAUCACUUUUGUCUGUAAAAACAACUCACAAAAACCUGUCAUAUUUUACAUUUUGAAUAAAGGAAUGUAUUUUUUAA